AUGGAAGCAAAGACAGGAGACAAGAAAAUAAUCCCAGCAGGAAAGGCACCAGCAAAGGGCGUAGGUGCAACUGAAAAGAAGAAGAAGAAGACAAACCACAUGUCUAAGAGUCAAUACAACUUCAGGUCAUCUAUCAAGAGAAUGCUUAAGAACACCUACCAGGCAGCACCACCCCAAGUCAGUGGACCUGUUGUAGAAAGUCUUUGCAACAUUGUCUGUGAUAUAAUUGACAAAUUGUCAAAUGACUGUGAAAUUCUUGCCAGAAAGGUAGGAAAACAGACAAUUAACCUUGAGGAGGUAAUGGCAGCUGUUAUGGUUAACCUAUCCGGAGAGCUUAGAACCCACGCCAUCAAGGAAAUAAAGGAGGCAGUGGCUAAAGUCCCAUCAAGAUCCAGUAAGUGAAUAGUGCACAUGUGUGCAAAGUAUAUUACACAUUGUCCAGAGAAUAAUAGGAUGGGCGUGCAUAUGUAUCGAAUGUUCUGUGUCUAAGGGCAAAGCUUCCCUGUGCGCAUCCGUGCAGAGUUAUUGCAUUGUGUAGAAAGUAGCAAGAGUUACUGCACAUUGUAUUAUUUGUCUUGGGUUGGGCCCUGAAUAAAUAUCC